CUAAAAAUAUGAAUAAACACGCAAAAGAGUCGGCGUUUCUGCCGUACCAAGCAAAAUAGGAGGAGUCCCCAAAAGGAGCGAUUUUCGCGUUGUAAUAAACGCCGGAAGAUCUACAACAAGAUAAAGUAAUCCCGCCCCUACCGAAUCUCAGCCAUUCUCUCUUAAUACUUAGCAGUUACGCUUUUACCUCAUCUGACUCACUCUCUCGACGGCACGAAGAAUCUGCCUCACUCUGCGAUUGAUACAAGUUUUGCAGAUCAGAUGGCAGAAGGAGGAAAUGCGUCAAGGUAUGUGAAAUUGACGAAAGAUCAAGCGCCUCGCGAGGACAUUAAGCCAGGGGAGCUAAAUCAGCCUAUUGAUGUCCCUCAGUUAACUGGUCGGAAGUGCAAUGAGUGUGGACAACCUUUGCCUGAGAGUUUUGAGCCUCCUGCAGACGAGCCUUGGACAACUGGGAUUUUUGGAUGUGCAGAGGACAAAGAUAGCUGCUGGAGAGGACUGUUCUGUCCAUGUGUCUUAUUUGGGCAGAAUGUUGAGCGCCUAAGAGACGAUGAUACUCCUUGGUCUACUCCUUGCGUUUGUCAUGCCAUUUUCGUUGAGGGUGGAAUUGCUGUUGCAGCUGCAACAGCAGCAUUUCAUGGUAUUGAUCCAAGGACGUCAUUCCUCAUCUGUGAAGGUUUAUUAUUUAGUUGGUGGAUGUGUGGCAUAUACACUGGUCUGGUUCGUCAGUCACUGCAGAAGAAGUAUCAUCUCAAGAAUUCGCCCUGCGAUCCCUGCAUGGUGCAUUGCUGCCUGCACUGGUGUGCCUUGUGCCAGGAGCACCGGGAGAUGAAGAGUCGUCUGUCAGAUAAUGUUGCCAUGCAAAUGACAAUAGUUAACCCUCCACCUGUUCAGGAGAUGAGUGCUGCUGCCGACAACCGAGAAUCCGGACCAUCCUCUGCAAAUGGGGUCAAUCAAACUAACCUCGAGAUGCAAGCUCUAUAAGGUUGUUUAUCGUUGCUGUCAACUUGGUAAAUCAAAUAUAGUUAAAACAAGGUGUAUUCUGCUACUGGAAGAGUCAGAUUUGGAGCUAUGUUUGUACAGAUGAAAGUGGAUGAAAGAAAAAUUGUCUUUUUUCAAGUGGUAUGGUUCAUCAUGCGUAUAAAAUUUUGUGGCGCAAUGUGGUGUUUCGUUUUCAGGAAAGAAGUGAGUGGAUGGGCUUUUUAGACGCACAAACUAGGCUAUUAUAAUUUUUUUUUUGUUAUCUGCUGAAAAUGCUCUUGACGUUAAAGUUCUGAUAGUACAUUAUGUCAUAGGUAUCACCAAAUCAAUUUUCUUUUGUUAUUUAUAUAUAAGCACAUUCUUAUGUUGUUA